AUGGCGGCCAGCUUCUCCUACCUCGCAACUCACGGGGUGCUGCUCUGCCGCGACUGCGGGACCUGCCUCAUGCCCGCACGCGCCAGCCAGGAGUGGCACCUGAGGCACCCACCCCACGACCUCAAGGGGCCGGAGCUGCGCACCCUGCUCGACCUCUUCGCGACGCAUGAGCUGCGGCCCCCGGGACAGGUCGCCCUGCCAGACCAGCCCUGCAUCGCCAUCGAGGGACUGCGCCGCCAUCCGGCAUUCUCCUGCAUCCUCUGCGACGACAGCCGGCCGACCCUGACCCGGUCCGGGCCGGCCAUCAGGGCGCACGUGUCCCGGGAGCACGGGCAGAAGCCGUCGCAGCAGAGUGAGGGUGGCGCGUGGCAGAGAUGCACGGUGCAGACCUUCUUCGCAAAGACCGAGCAUGUCCGGUACUUUGUGGUUACAGACGACGACAGGGCGGAAGGGGACGCAGCUACUGCCGCCAUCGCCCUCGAGCCGCAGGAGCAGGCCUUCUUCGACCUGGCCGACGCGGACGCGACCAUGGUAGCGGACGACAUCAAGACGGAGGGCAACAAGGUGCACGGCUUCGACAGCCACCCCUCGGCUGCGGUCCCGUGGCUGAGGCGGACUGGCAUCGAGAACCACGUGCGGGGCCUAGAGAAGGACGAGAUGCACGCCUCCUUUGCGCUGCCGAAGAGCGCAGAUGAGGGAGAGCCCGAGCUGUUCCUGAUGCUCGAGGUCAUGGACGAGAUCCUCGCUGAGGUGCACGGCUGGUGCUUCGACGGGCCGGACUGCAUGCUGACGUGGCCGAGGCAGCUCGCGCUGAGCCGCUUCCAUGGCGCCCCUACCUCAUCGGCACCAGCCAGUUGCAGGGCAGGCAGGUGCAAAUUGGGAAUCCCCACGCGAGCGACCCCUGUCGCUCGCGCGCGCACGGGCCAUUGUGGAGCGAUUAUUGUGCAGCAAAUUGGGAGACCCCCGGGACGGCGCAGGCGCAUCAAGCACGCAUACAGAGCAUGCAACGAAGGGCGAAUAGCGCACACACACCGCUCGCGCAAGGGAAGGAUGGCGGCCAGCUUCUCCUACCUCGCAACUCACGGGGUGCUGCUCUGCCGCGACUGCGGGACCUGCCUCAUGCCCGCGCGCGCCAGCCAGGAGUGGCACCUGAGGCACCCACCCCACGACCUCAAGGGGCCGGAGCUGCGCACCCUGCUCGACCUCUUCGCGACGCAUGAGCUGCGGCCCCCGGGACAGGUCGCCCUGCCAGACCAGCCCUGCAUCGCCAUCGAGGGACUGCGCCGCCAUCUGGCAUUCUCCUGCAUCCUCUGCGACGACGGCCGGCCGACCCUGACCCGGUCCGGGCCGGCCAUCAGGGCGCACGUGUCCCGGGAGCACGGGCAGAAGCCGUCGCAGCAGAGUGAGGGUGGCGCGUGGCAGAGAUGCACGGUGCAGACCUUCUUCGCAAAGACCGAGCAUGUCCGGUACUUUGUGGUUACAGACGACGACAGGGCGGAAGGGGACGCAGCUACUGCCGCCAUCGCCCUCGAGCCGCAGGAGCAGGCCUUCUUCGACCUGGCCGACGCGGACGCGACCAUGGUAGCGGACGACAUCAAGACGGAGGGCAACAAGGUGCACGGCUUCGACAGCCACCCCUCGGCUGCGGUCCCGUGGCUGAGGCGGACUGGCAUCGAGAACCACGUGCGGGGCCUAGAGAAGGACGAGAUGCACGCCUCCUUUGCGCUGCCGAAGAGCGCAGAUGAGGGAGAGCCCGAGCUGUUCCUGAUGCUCGAGGUCAUGGACGAGAUCCUCGCUGAGGUGCACGGCUGGUGCUUCGACGGGCCGGACUGCAUGCUGACGUGGCCGAGGCAGCUCGCGCUGAGCCGCUUCCAUGGCGCCCCUACCUCAUCGGCACCAGCCAGUUGCAGGGCAGGCAGGGUGCGCGGCUUCGACCCCAAGAAGGAGCCAUCCACACUGCGCACAAACUUUGGGUACUGGAAGCAGUUCAUGGCGUACUGCUACCGCGUCGCCUACUGCGGCAGCCACUUCACGCCACCUCUGAGCGCGGACCAGGGCAGGCGCCCCGAGGACCGGAUCCGGCUGACGGACGAGCAGACGACAGCUUGGGAGGCCGCCCUGGAGUGCGCUGCCGACGGAGACCGCUUAGCGCUGAACGACGCCCUCCGAUCCCUCUGCAUGGCCCUCGUCUGCCACGAGUUCGGCGGCGACCGCUUCAGCUCGCCGCUCCUCAGCUUCUGCGCGAUGCUGAGCGUCAAGCCACGCACCAAGUCGUGGAAGGAGCCGGGCAACUUCAACAGCUGCCUGUCCGGCCUGAUCUGGGCUGUGCAGCUGCUCAUCUUCAGCACGGCCGCAUACCUCGAGAGGUCGGGCGCCGGCAGCACGCUCGAGCACAUCAACAGCAUCUGCGAGCAGUACCUGCGGCCGGACACGGAGACGCCCAUGGGCGAGAUACUGGGCUGGCGCCUGCUGCUGUUCGCGGUGUCGAAGGACGGAGUGGGCUCGCACCAGGCGCACUGGGACGAGGACGAGCAGAUCCUCACCUACAGGGACGUCGACCUGAACAUGGACGAGGUGCAGCAGCUGCUGCUGUCGGAGUUCAGGCAGGCGCAGCAUCUGCUGCACGGCGAGCUCAUGUUUGGCGCAGCGGGCCUGCCACGGAUGCGCGCGUGGGCACUCAAGGACAACCUCGACGCCGACAACUUUAGCUGGCACUUUGGCGAGCACCGGGAGAACGCAGCACUGCUGAAGCCGCUCGCGGGCUCACUGCGCAAUGUCAUACGGGAGUCGCAGUAA